AUGUCAAUAUCUCAAAUUACUAGUGAUUUUGAAGAACCCACGGUCGGUGAAACUUCAACAAAUCUUUUGAGAGAUGAAAGAAUCAUAUUAAAUGUUGGAGGCAUUAAAUAUGAAACAUGUCGUUCUACUUUAACAGCAUAUCCCGAAACAUUACUAGGAACAAUGUUUCAUCAAAGAAAUAGGGAAAUGCUACAUCCAACAAACGGAAAUGAAUACUUUAUAGAUAGGAAUGGUUAUGCGUUCUAUUAUAUUUUAGAAUUUUAUCAUUUAGAACAGGAGUUCAGCUAUUUCCAAAUUCCAUUCACCUCUAAACAUGAUUUAGCAGAGAAAGCAGCAGGAGAAUUGUUGGAUGAUUUUGCUUACGCAAUUGAAGAAUUACUUUGUCUGGCAAUUUCUAAGCUUGUUGAUCGUAUCUCGAUAACAUUUUAUCGUGAUGGUAGUAAAGUUGAAUACAGAAAAAAAACCACUACAUACGAUAUUAAAUACAAUAUUAAAAGAAUUCCAACUAUUGUCACGAACCAGGUACCCGCAGAUGCUGAUUGUGCAUUUAUGUGUUGUUUCGUUGAUGAAUUAUGUUUAGAUGUGUGGAGUGUUAGUGCUGGAAGGAAUGCAUACAAGAAUGAUAAGGCCAAAGUUGAUACUCCUAAUAUUAUCUAUGUGUAUAAAAAAAUAUGA